UUGUGCGAAUCUUUGCAGUAUUGUGACGCAUUUAGCCGGCGCAUGGCGUUGGAUACAAAUGUAAAAUAACCGUCAGAAAAACGUUAUAAUUUUUAUAAUAUAUCAAGCAAUACAUUUGUAACUGUUUCAGUGUUGUGAGUGUCGUAGAAGCUUUAAUUUUUUGCAAAACAAGGUCUGUAAUUUUAUUCCGAGAUGAGGUCAAAGUUAUUAAAAACGGCGAACAGAUGUCGAACUCUUCUAAAGAGUUCUAAACACAGCUAUGUCUUUACAAGAGAAAACAGUCUUUGGACACAGGAAGGUGUUAUAAAAUCGCCGUAUAAAAACAUUGAAAUCCCCAAUAGUACCCUUUACGACUACGUAUGGAUGAAUCUAGAUAAGUGGCCCGAGAGAACACUAUCCGUAUGUGCAGUCAGCGGCAGAGGUUACACUUACGAACAAGCAUUUAUCCUUUCUAAUAAUUUCGCAGCUAAUCUUAGAAAGAAAAUCAAAUUAAGAGAUGGGGAUGCAGUUAUAAUAAUGUUGCCAAAUAUUCCGGACUUUCCUCUUGUAGCUUUGGGAAUAUUGGAGGCUGGAGGGAUUAUUAGCACUGUUAAUCCCUUAUACACAGCUCAUGAAGUCCAUCGCCAAAUACUCAUGUCUGAUGCAAAAGUUAUAGUGACUCUGGCAGAGACGGUGGAUGUUGUAAGAAAUGCUUUGAGACUCGCAAAAGUGGACAUUCCUAUAAUCGUUGUUAAAAACAACGGUGAUGCAUUGCCAGAGGGAACGGUGGCCUUUAACGAGCUCAGUGAAGAUAUCCACGUCGACAAAUCCUGCUUAAAAGAAGUCAGACGAACACCUAAAGACAUAUGCUUUUUGCCCUAUUCUAGUGGCACCACAGGACUUCCGAAAGGAGUUGAACUUACAAACAGCAAUAUUAUAGCAAAUUGUGAACAACUUAAUGAACCAUCUCUAAAAUGUAACGAAGAAACCACAGCAACUCACCAAGAUAUAAUAGUAGGGGUUCUCCCUUUCUUUCACAUCUAUGGAGCAACUGUCAUAAUGUUUAAUAGUAUCGCACAAGGACUGAAGAUUGUUACUUUAGAAAAAUUCCAGCCAGACGUGUUUAUACAAACAUUGGAAAAACAUAAAAUAAACAUUCUGUAUCUGGCACCGCCUUUAGUACUAUUAAUGAUAAAUCAUUCUUUGUCAUCGCCGGAGAGAUUUCAAUAUUUGAAGCAUAUCAUCAACGGCGCUGCUCCAGUCGCGUCCUCCGAUAUAGAAAGAUUACUUGACAAAAUCCAGAGAAAAAUUCGUCUUGGUUCUGGUUAUGGCUUAUCAGAAACUUCACCGGUUAUUGCAAUGGCGGACAAGGCCUCAGAAAGAUACGAUAUUAUCGGUAACUCAAUGGCGAAUACUGAAAUGAAGAUCGUUAACGAGGAUCUUAAAGCUUUAGGACCGAACCAGCUAGGUGAAUUACUCGUUAGAGGUCCUCAAGUGAUGCGAGGCUACAGAAAUAAUCCCGAAAGCAACGCUAGUGCAUUUACUGAUGAUGGUUGGUUCAGAACUGGCGACUUAGCCACUGUUGACGAAUUAGGUCGUUUGAAAAUAGCAGAUAGGCUAAAAGAACUUAUUAAGGUCAAAGGUUUCCAAGUACCUCCUGCGGAAUUAGAAGCCCUUCUCAGAGACCAUCCGGCUGUAUUCGACGCAGCUGUCAUCGGUGUCCCUCAUCCAACGAAUGGAGAAUCACCAAAAGCCUUUGUUGCUCUACGGCCCGGUGCUAAUGUUAACACAAAGGAACUAUGUGAUUUUGUUUCUGAAAAAGUGGCGUCAUAUAAAAGAAUUGAUGAUGUAGUCAUCCUUGAUAGUAUCCCAAGAAGUGCUGCGGGAAAAAUUUUGAGAAAGGACCUUAAAGCAAAAUACUGCUAACUGAUAUAUAUUUUUUAAAUAUCUGUUAAAAUAACUUUACCUAGACAACUAUUCGGGAAGCAGUCCAGGAGGAAUAACGAUUCUGAAUAAAUAUAAACAUUUUCAUUCUUACAACAACAAUACUCUCUGUACAUUAAUAAAACAAGAAAAAUAAGGAAAACUAUUGUGUUGAAGAAACAUCAAAACACUAUUAAUAUUCAUCACAUAACACCAAAGUGCAAUAGUCCUGAAUUAUAAUAAACAACUCAUUUACAAGUAAUAUGAUUAAACGUAUAAGUGCAAAAAUGUACAUUUAUAUUUCGUAGUAAUCAAGCAAAAGAUGAACUUAUAUUUUAAUUGUAUGAAACUAUUUAAAAAAUAAUGUCUAAGAUAUGAACAGUAUCUAAGUAAAUUUACGUCUAUGGAGUUAGUUUAAACACAUUGGUUACAUUAAAAACGUAGGCUAUACGAGACAUACUCGCAAGUACUUAAAUUUAAAAUUAUCUAAUUCCAUGUAUAUAAUGAGUAGUUACUUGCACGAUUGUUAAAACAUCCAGACUCUCGUAUCGUAUGUAGGUGUGGGUAUUAUUAUAACUUUUAUCAAUUAUAUUCAAAGUCAGUUUUUCGAAAUCGAAAAUGAGUAUACGUCCAUACUAUUGUCUGAUUUGUAUAGCAAUAAUAAUAUUUUAAAUGUAUUUUUUAAACAUUUUUUGCUACGAAUUUUUAUAUUUAUUAAUAAAAAAAAAAAACUAAAGCAAUUGCAUUAAAAAUUACUACAUAUUUUUCAUGUUUACCAAUAACUUUAGACUGAUAAUAUAACGAUUCUAUUAUAAACAUAUUUUGUGAAGGGUUUAUAAUUGAUAUUAUAUUUUUGGAAGCUAUGUUUAUAUACACAUAUAAUUCUACUAUACGUGUGUAUGUCAUUAAAAUUAUAUAUGUUUGCCCCAGAUGGUUUAAAUUCAUAAAUCAUCCCAGCAGAUGGCGCUUCAGUCGGUAGAGCAUUGGACUUUUAAUGCGAGGCCAUGGGCCAUCAGGUAGGCCGUCUGCUCGUUAACCCACUUUGUCUUUAAAAAAAAUUACCGAAUUCUUAAAAUUUAAUAUUAAUCCAAAAUAAAAUUAUUGCAUAUUAAUUCGUUGAUGUUCUGAAAUAAACAAAAAUCCAGCUAA